UGCACAGUCGUCAUAUUGAUUUUUAUAAUGUUGUACAUUUUUCGAGUUAUACAAGCUGUUAUAAAUGUUCACACUAGAAUUCUUAUUGUUUACAAGAUUUUUUUUAAUACUUAAUGUUUAGACUGCAUGUGCAAUUGUUAAAUUGAAAGCUAGUAAAUAAAUUUAACGAGAAACGGUUAAUUUGUAUUCCAUUCAUUGAUUCAAAUUUUCAAAUUAUAUAACAGUCCGCGUGGGUGAAUAUAUCCUCAUUUAUCGUUAUCAAGGUAAAUCUGCUCAAUUUAUCGUGAUACGUACUUAAGGCCAUAUCGCCCAGCCCUACUCCACGUCCAAUACGAACAUUUCACGCAUUGUGAACAUCCAAACUGUCGCGUUUUCAUCUCAUCAGACGAAUACUGCGAAUACUGGCAUUUGUUUCAUUAUGUUCUAGUCUCCCUAGCAACGUUUUCAGUUUGUCAUCAUCAUGUCAUCGGAAUGAAAAAAAUGUUCAACGAUGAAAUAUUUUCGUUACCCCCAUUGUCGACGAAAACAAUACUGCUUAAGUUUAACAUAGUGGAGCCUUGCCAUGGACCGUUUUCUUCAAACGGUUUUCUUCUCUGAUUUUCAGUUCAGUUUUCAAAAGUUGGCUUGUUUUCAUUGUAUGACAAAAAACAAAUUGUGCGUGUUUUUUAAUCAUAUCAUAAUCAAACCCAAAUGGCCGUUUUUGUUUAAUGUUAUUUGCACCCACUCACCCUUCGAGGCAAAUCCUUCUGAUGAGCUAAGUGCAUUGCUCUCUACAGUAUACAGACACACACGCAGACUUAACACGUUGCUGUCAUCGUGUCAUGUGACGCCCUUUUACCAAUCUGAGACCUGCUUGCCGGCUCAACCAAACAUCUGCUCUGGUUGCCUCAGCCAAUGGGAUCAGCCAUUUGCAACGCUUGCCCCUGUCAGCAUUUGCUGCUGCUUUAUGUGUUUUCUCCUCUGCCUACGUGAGAGGAAGUGUGCCUUUCCUGCCAGGGGAGGGUCCUGGAUUAACACUGCUGCCUGUCUCAUACUGAACGCCCUGCUGAGAGAAGAUAAGACAGGAUCAACUGUGGAUAACUCAUGAAGAUUUCUGUGGUGAAUAUCGUCAUAUUGCACUGCAGAGCAAGAGGUGUUUUUGCUUCUCCUUUAAGACUGAGGAGGCAAGAGUGAGGAGGAACGUUAACUUGGACUUGAGCUCUGGGUGCCUUGUUUGCUGUCAGAAGAAGGAAAUGACGGCGCCCUACAGAAAAGAACCUGUGUCAGGUUUAAAUGGCCUGAUGGACAGGAUGUGCAUAGUUUAGUCCAGCAUGUCUAUUGGAGGGCAACACCCAGAGGCAGAGACGGGAUUUGUACCAAGUGUCCAAGAUUUCGACAGAAAACUUGCAGAAGCUGACGCCUAUCUACAGAUUCUGAUUGACCAGUUAAAGCUUUUUGAUGAGAAGAUCAAGGACUGUAAAGAGGAUGAAUCACGCAAGAAAAUUGAAAAUUUGAAGGAGACUACUUGUAGUAUGGUAGAAUCCAUCAAGCACUGUAUUGUUCUGCUGCAAAUUGCCAAGGACCAAAGUAACGAACAGCAACACGCAAACGGACUUAUAAGCACCAUCAACCCCGUGGAUGGGAUCUACCAGCCGCCACUGGACACUCCUUUAGUCAACACCACAAUGCCAACACAGACCACUCUUCCCACAGAUACAUCUCAGGUGUGUAAAUCGGACCAGCGACCAUCCACUUUACCCGUUGGUCCUGUCGUCACGGUGAUGGGCAGUUUGCAGACCCCAACUCCCAAUAGCACAGGGAGCGGCCCGUCAGGCCCCAACAGCGGCGUCACCUCCCCAUCUCUCAUCCAGCUCCCCUCCCACUCGGUACCAGACUUCUCGUAUUCUUCCAGCGAGGAUGAGUUUUACGACGCGGACGAGUUCUACCAGAGCACCACUUCCCCGAAACACUGCAUGAAUCCCUCAGGACCCCCAGCUGCAUCACCCCUCAAUAAUGACGAAACGGCAUUAAAGAGACCAAACACUACAGACUCGCUCAACUCGACAAUGUCAAAUGGCACUACAGAAGCAGAUCAAUUUGACAGCCACGACGACCGUGACGAUGACGGCGAGGGGGAGUCCGUGGAGGAGCACAAAAGCGUCAUCAUGCACCUCCUCUCCCAAGUCCGCCUGGGCAUGGAUCUCACCAAGGUGGUCCUGCCUACCUUCAUCCUAGAAAGGAGAUCUUUGUUAGAAAUGUAUGCUGACUUCUUUGCACAUCCAGACUUAUUUGUAAGUAUCGCAGAGCAGCCGGAGCCCCGUGAGCGCAUGGUUCAAGUGGUCAAAUGGUACCUCUCGGCCUUCCACGCUGGGAGGAAAGGCUCGGUGGCCAAGAAGCCUUACAACCCUAUCCUGGGAGAGGUCUUCUUCUGUCACUGGGAUUUGCCUUGCAAGACUGAGGAGCCCUCCACUCAAACGUCGUCUCCUGCUACUGCGCAGGACUCACUAUCAGAUGGUCCGGUUCCAUGGUCUUCACCCAACAAUGUGUCUUUUGUGGCAGAGCAGGUCUCUCAUCAUCCACCAAUUUCUGCAUUCUACGCGGAAUGUUUAAGCAAGAAAAUCCAGUUCAACGCUCACAUCUGGACCAAAUCCAAGUUUCUUGGCAUGUCUAUAGGUGUUUAUAAUAUUGGCCAAGGCUGCGUGUCAUGUUUAGAGCACGAUGAACAUUACAUCCUCAACUUCCCCAACGGAUACGGCAGGUCUAUUUUGACCGUUCCCUGGGUGGAGUUGGGUGGAGAGUGCAACAUCUCCUGCUCCAAAACGGGCUACAGCGCCAACAUCGUGUUCCAUACCAAACCCUUCUACGGAGGAAAGAAGCACCGAAUCACGGCUGAAAUAUUUGCACCGAAUGAUAAGAAGUCUUUCUGCUCUAUUGAAGGCGAGUGGAACGGAGUGAUGUUUGCCAAGUGGGCCACUGGGGAGAACACAACUUUCAUAGACACUAAGAGAAUGGGUAUUAUGAAAAAGAAAGUGAGGAAGCUGGAAGACCAGCUAACGUACGAGUCAAGAAGACUAUGGAGAGACGUGACGUUAAACCUGAAGCUCAAAGACAUCGACGCCGCAACGGAAGCCAAACACCGGCUGGAGGAGAAGCAGAGAGUGGAAGCCAGAGAAAGGAAGGAGAAUGAACAGCAGUGGGAAACGAGGCUAUUCCACGAGGACGGCGAGUGUUGGGUGUAUGACGAACCUCUGCUCAAGAGACUGGCCUCUCCCCGACCCUGAGCGGAGUGACGCAUCUUAAAUUGGUUCCCCCACGACACGCAUUAAGAUUGAACGCACACUGCAGAGUCUUUAUAAGAACUCUCGUUCGCCAAGCCUUGGACCGACUGACCGCCGUUGGCGUCACGUACGCAGCAUCCAACUGUAAACCGAAUGACAUGUAAAGCGUUCCGAGACGAUUAGUAACGCUUGACUUCUUAACAGCGGCCGCCAGUUCUCAGCAGGCCACGUCCUGUGUGGAAAUGAAAUAACCUUUUCCAUAUGUAAACCAGAGCUUGACAUCUCAGGGAAUAUGGUGACCGAGGAAAGAAAGUCUGGCAGCCUUAUGACGACGACGAUGGUGAUGGUGGAAUGGAUAAACCUUAACUAGGCCGGGAAGCCAUUCUCUGCUUGCCUGAAACUAGUUAUAACUGUUUAUAUAUAAAUAUAGAUAAUCAUAUGAUGCAUAUAUUCUUUUUUAUUUUCCUUUCUGGCAAUAGUGUAAAAUAUUUGAGCAUAAUGAACUUUUAAAGAAGCAUCCAAUGGUCACAUUUGAUGUUCGGCUCUCAUUUCAAAAAUGUUUUGGUCCUUUUCUUCAUUGUAGGACACUAUUUCGGUCCGCGGAAGCCAUAGCAUCUGAAUACACUGAUGGAAAUCUAUUUAUGCAAUCUUAAGGUAUCACCAAUGCUUGUCAAUGAUGUAAACAUAGAACAAUCCUUUGAAUGUUUCUAUGUAACCUGAAGGCAUUUAUGAACAAAUGAUUGUUUAUGUGGCUUUUUUUUUUUUUUUUUUGUUCCUUUUUGUCCAUAACUAUGUUCAUGCUUUGGGGAUGAGGAUGUGCAAGGAAAAAACUUUUUUUUUUUUUUUUUUUUUUAAAC